AUGCGACGCGCUCAAGUGCGCGAAGCGCAAAAGGCAUACCGAUCUCGUCAGCAGUCACAACUCUCCUCCUUGAAAACUCGCGUAGAGCAGUUGGAAGAUGCUUUCAAUCAUUUGAGUCAGACUAUGCACUCAUUCGACGACCAGGUGAUUCAGAACGGGACCCAGUGGCCUCAACCUCGACUCUUCAGAGCAGUGCAGAUGCUCCGUGAUGAUAUAGUGUCACAAUUUAAGCGCGCAGAUAUUCACUUCCGGGAGACUCCGAAGAGUCAGAGUCAGAAUGAAGAGCUGCUCCAGGCUACAAAUCAACAACUUCAGACGCAGGCCACCCCACAGAUGGUGAUCAGCACAAGAAACGAUCACCCAUCUAACUUCUGGAACCUUUUCAUGGGGUCUUCUGCAGGAAUGAUACCAUCUGAUAGCAGUCAUGAAUCUACUGCUGCAUCGAGCAUAAUGCGUUUCUCGCCCGCACUCACCUUUGAACCCCACAUUAUUCAGUAUGCUACAACACCUUUCACCCAACGACUCUUCCGAGCAUGCGCAGAAAGCGGCCUUCGUUUUCUUUCAAAUCCUUCGUUUAAAGUUGAAGAUAUGUGGCCAGAAUUUGGUCUCCUUUUGGAAAAAAUGCCUCGAGCAGAAAUUCGAGAAUAUUUUACUCGUGUCGUCAGUAUGAAUCCUUGCAACCCAAUUAUCGACACCCGAUUUCCCUAUAUUAGCCUCGGUGGAUCAGGAACUCACUUUUUAUUGCCUUCGGAUAACGCCUCCUCUGAGAUUCUUUCUCGUUUCCAAAGAACGAAUGGUGUUUAUCAUGUUGUUUCCGAUGAACAAUGGUUUGAUGUGCAUGAUAUCGAGAGAUAUUUGUUCAGCCAAGGGAUCGGAGUGGGCGAUUUUCCUUCCUCAAUCUCGUCAAUGUCCCCUUCAACCCAUCGAGAUGGAGGACAUUUGAGCUUGGUUGGUACCCAUGGGACAUCGCCCAGCAAUACAAUGAUGGUUGUUGACGAGUAUAAAUUGGUCAACAGUAUGCGUCCAGCUUUGAAGGCUUUAUUUGAUCUGAGAACUAUUUGCUGA